AUGGCAUUCAAUUAUAGGCUCAGAAACGGACACCCUUGUGAUGCCGUUCCUGGUUAUCUGUCUUCGGCAGCGACGACGUUGCUCAUUUGCUGGACGUGCUUUUCCCUUGUUUUUCACUCGCUUCAAAUUCGGCAGAAUCAAAGUUUCUCGCGCGAAAGGUGGGGUGACCGAGUUCGUCGGCUGCGUGUGUUUUGCCAAUUCGAGACAGAGAAAAAGCAGAUAAGAAAGUUUCCCCCUUUUCUUGAAAGCUCGUUACUUUCUGGUAAUGGUGCUCUGGCCCCAGAUGAGUGGAGAGCUGUUCCUGACAUUUGGAGAUCUUCAGCGGAGAAGUAUGGGGAUCGGGUAGCCCUGGUGGACCCAUACCAUGAUCCACCUUCAACUAUAACAUAUAAACAGUUGGAGCAGUCGAUUUUGGAUUUUGCUGAAGGCUUGAGAGUGAUUGGAGUCAGGCCAGAUGAGAAGAUUGCACUUUUUGCUGAUAAUUCUUGUAGGUGGCUUGUAGCAGAUCAAGGCAUGAUGGCAAGUGGAGCAAUCAAUGUGGUAAGGGGUUCAAGAUCAUCGGUUGAAGAGCUAUUGCAAAUAUACAAUCACUCCGAAAGUGUUGCACUUGCCGUGGACAAUCCUGAAAUGUUUAAUCGGAUGGCAGAGACAUUCUAUUCUAAGACUUCCAUGAGAUUUCUUAUUCUACUUUGGGGAGAUAAAUCACAAUUACUUGGUAACAAGAGCAAGCAGCUUCCUGUCUUUAAUUUCGUGGAGGUCAUGGAUUUGGGGCAACAAAGUCGCAAGGCCUUGUUAGAAUCACAUGAUUCUGAGCAACGCUAUGUGUAUGAAGCAAUCGACUCUGAUGACAUUGCUGCUCUUUUAUACACAAGUGGAACUACUGGAAAUCCAAAAGGUGUUAUGCUUACUCAUGGGAAUCUUCUGCAUCAGAUCAAAAACUUGUGGGAUGUAGUACCUGCUGAACCUGGGGAUAGAUUUCUAAGCAUGCUGCCACCUUGGCAUGCAUACGAAAGGGCUUGUGAGUAUUUCAUUUUCUCACAUGGAACUGAGCAAGUAUACUCAACUGUGAGAAACCUAAAGGAUGAUUUGGGACAUUAUCAACCACAUUACUUGAUCUCUGUUCCGUUAGUUUAUGAAACAUUAUACAGUAAUAUCCAGAAGCAGAUAUCUACUAGUUCUCUUCUGAGAAAGCUUGUUGCACUGACUUUCAUAAGGGUCAGCUUGGCGUACAUGGAGUGUAAAAGGAUUUAUGAGGGGAAAUGCCUGACAAAGCAUCAGAAUCAGCCUUCCUAUGUCUAUUCAAUAGUGGAUUGGUUAUGGGCAAGAAUCAUUGCCAUAAUAUUACUUCCAGUUCAUUUGCUGGCGAAGAAACUUGUCUACAGCAAAAUCCAUUCAGCUAUUGGAAUAACAAAGGCUGGAGUAAGUGGUGGCGGUAGUUUGCCCUUGCAUGUCGAUAGAUUUUUUGAGGCAAUUGGUGUGAAAGUGCAGAAUGGAUAUGGCUUAACAGAGACUUCUCCUGUAAUUGCUGCUCGACGACCUGGAUGUAAUGUUGUUGGAUCUGUUGGGCAUCCUAUUCAACACACAGAAUUCAAAGUUGUAGAUUAUGAAACUGGUGAAGUUCUUCCACCGGGUUCAAAGGGCAUAUUAAAGGUCAGGGGCCCACAAGUGAUGAAAGGAUACUAUAAGAAUCCUUCAGCUACAGAUCAAGCCAUAGAUAAGGAUGGAUGGCUGAAUACUGGUGAUAUGGGUUGGAUUGCUCCUCGUCACUCAGUUGGGAGGUGUCGUCAUUCUGGAGAUGUGAUAGUUGUGGAAGGCCGUGCUAAAGAUACUAUUGUUCUUUCAACAGGAGAAAAUGUUGAGCCAGUAGAACUUGAAGAAGCUGCCAUGAGGAGUAGUUUAAUUCAACAUAUUAUUGUUGUUGGCCAGGAUAAGCGACGUCUAGGAGCUGUGAUCGUUCCUAACAAGGAAGAAAUUGUGAAAACAGCAAGGAACUUGUCAAUUACAGAUCCCAACAGUUCUGAUGUCAGUAAGGAAAAAGCAACCGGCCUGAUAUAUAAAGAACUAAAGACCUGGACAUCAAAUUUUCCAUUCCAAAUUGGACCUAUCCUUCUUAUAGAUGAGCCUUUCACGAUUGAUAAUGGCCUUAUGACUCCCACUAUGAAAGUUCGAAGGGACAAAGUUGUGGCGCAAUACAGGGAGCAAAUAGACGAUAUGUACAAGUAAACUAGCUGCUGGGAAUAGUAUCAUACCGGCACGGGAGAGUCAUGACCGUGUUCUCUGUAUACUGUAUUCUCCUAAAAAAAUAAAAAGAUUGUUCCCCACAUUGAAAUUUAGCCUGAUUUGUGUAAUUGUUUUGAAGCAACUAUCCAGAACCGAGAUGAAUACUUAUUUUAAAAAUACGAGUAAUAAUAAAGAACAGACAGACAUUACAAUGCAA